UUUCUGUGAUCUCUCGAAGAUUCAAGAAUGGGGGCGUACGUACGGUCAAAUUCCGGCAAGGCGGGAGAGCUUACCACCGCCGACGCAGCCCUUGAGCUAUAAAUCUACCAACCCACCUCUCCAAUGCAUGCAUACCCUCUAGUUGAAUCCCCCAACUCCAUUCCUAGGUGUAUAGCCAUAGUUGAAUCAGACCCACACAGAAAGGAAGAGAGAUGGCAACAACAAUUCAAGGGACGGUGAGGCCAUCAUGUGCCCAGUUCAUGGGGGUUGCCCUACUCUUCUUCUUCCUCCUUUCUGCCUCCUCCAUGGCCCAAGACUGCAAAGGGAAGAGCUCAUGGCCGGAACUGGUGGGCAUGCAGGGACAGGUCGCUCCCCCGAUCAUCCAAGCAGAGAAUCCUGAUGUGAAGGAAGUUGACAUUGUGAAAGAAGGAACCUUCGUUAUUACGGACUUCCGCUGCGACCGUGUUCGUGUCUGGAUUAAACCGAAUGGCACCAUUUACGAGGCCCCCACCAUUGGCUAGACAAUUAAUGUCUUUCAUGCAAAGAUUUCUGCUUAUUCCUAAUAAGUUCGCCUGCAUGCAAGGCUUUUAUGUAAUGACAUAUACAUUUGCUGUUCAUAAAUAAAUAAAUAAGCCUCGGUUUCCGGCCCGCUUGCAGAUUGUCAUGUGCAUGUAAAAUUAAUUUCGACUUGCUAUCUAUCAGCCUAGCUUCUUUGUAAUAUUU